AUGACCAACGGACCGGUUGUCGCUGCGUUCACUACAUAUGAAGAUUUCAAAUACUACAAAAGAGGAAUUUAUAGGCACACGGGUGGUGACGCAGUGGGAGGUCAUGCUGUGAAGGUGAUCGGAUGGGGAACGGAAAAUGGCGUACCGUAUUGGAAAUUGCAAUCAUCAUGCACGAGAUUGGGGAGAAGAUGGUAUUUCCGCUUCACUACCGUGGAAUCAAUCAACGAAUUGUUGAAUUGA